AUGCAAAAAUGGGAGGGCUUGAAAAAUGUAACUCAACAUAUUGAUAAAAGGAUGAAUAUACAAUCUGAAAAUAUUAUUAAACAAAAUAGAUUGCUUCUAAAGACAUCAAUUAGAGCUGUGAGGUGGCUAGCAUUGCAAGGGUGUGCAUUUAGAGGACAUGAUGAAACCGUCGAUUCUCAUAACCGUGGAAAUUUUAUUGAAUUGGUCAAAUUUCAAGGAGAAUUGUGUAAAGAAAUUGGUGAUAUUAUAUUAGAUAGAGCUGCUAAAAAUGCCAAGUAUAUAUCACCAUCAAUUCAACAGGAGAUACUAAAAAUUAUUGCUGAUCUUAUGCGAAUUAAAAUCCGUGAUGAAGUGGGGGAUGCUAAAUUUUGUAUUCUUGUUGAUGAAGCAGUUGAUGAAUCUCAUAGAUCACAAAUGGCUAUUGUUUUGCGGUAUGUAGAUUGUGAUGGGUUUGUUAGAGAGAGAUUUUUUGAACUUGUUGGUGUUGAUGACACUAAUGCUUUGACUUUGAAAACACAUAUAUGUAACAUCUUGACACAACAUAAGCUUUUGAUUGAAAAUAUACGAGGUCAAGGAUAUGAUGGUGCUAGCAAUAUGCGGGGAGAAUGGAAUGGAUUACAAGCACUAUUCCUCAAAGAUUGUCCGUUUGCAUAUUAUAUUCAUCGUUUUGCUCAUCGACUACAACUUACUUUAGUUGCAGCAGCUAAAGAAGUAUCAGAUGUAUGGCUAUUUUUUUUUUCCAAAUUGAGUUCAAUUGUCAAUUUUGUUGGUUCUUCUUCAAAGCGACAUUCUCAAUUGAAAUCAAUUCGAGGAAAUGAAAUCAUUGAUUUGAUAAAAUCUAGAGAACUUGGGACUGGUACCGGAGUCAAUCAAGCUAGUACUUUGCAACGACCCGCAUCUACUCGUUGGAGUUCACAUUACACUUCUAUUAUUCGAGUUAUUGAAUUAUUUGGUUCAAUUUGUACACUUCUAGAAGAUCUCAUAGGAGGGAAGUUGACCUUUGGUAUUCGUGCGGAGGCUAAAGGUUUGCUUAAAGUGAUGAUGACAUUUGAUUUUGUGUUUAUGUUAUUGUUGAUGCAUAGAGUUUUAGAAACAUCUGAUAUGUUGUGCCAAGCAUUGCAACGAAAAAAUCAAGACAUUUUGAAUGCAAUGAGUUUAGUCACUACUACAAAAUUGCUUUUCCAGAAAAUGCGAGAUGAUGAAUGGGAUGAUUUUCUAUGGAGUGUAAAUAAUUUUUGUGAUACUCAUGAUAUUGUAGUGCCUGAUUUGACUGAUCGUUAUAUUGAAGGCACUAAGCGUUUUUGUCAGCAGAAAAAUCAGUUUACAGUGGAGGAAUUCUAUCAUUUUCAUGUAUUUAAUGUUGUUAUUAAUAAACAGUUGAUGGAGUUGAAUACAAGAUUUACUGAGGAAUCAAUAGAGCUUCUUACUCUUUGUGAAGCCUUGAAUCCAAGUGAUGGUUUCAAAUCAUUCUCUCUCUGA